AUGUCGUCGAUGCGACUGAAAUUGGAUUACAUUUGUGUUCAUCCGUAUGAUCACUUGAGCAUAUCACAGAAGACACUUAUGUAGUGCGAUUUAUUUUACCAUUCUAAAGCAAAACCGAAACUGGUUUUGCAUUGAAUGAUGCUGUCGUUGUCGAUAAUUUGACUGUUAUUGACUAAAAAUACGUUUCAGGAGAAAAUAGUGCUAACACUUGUGUAAGAAUUCCAGUGUCUUUGAAUCUACAAUGCAUUCAGGGAGAACGAUUUAUGAUAAUUAAACAUAUCGAUGCUUAAUGAUGCUUUUCGGCACGGGAUUCCUCAUUGUUGGUUAUUUGACAGCGUCUGUGGCUGCAGGGUUUGGCGCAGACGUGGUGAUAUCCUGCUCCCUAGUGGAGGAGGGAGGGGGUUUAGGGGCAAUGAGGGCCGGGGGUGCUCUCUUCUCCCGCACCCCAGCAACACUGGUACUGAGAGACCUGGCUGUGUCCCCUGACCUCUCACCAGAAACCUUGACUCCCUACAACCCCCCAUCUACUCCCGACCCAGAUGAUAUCAUAUUUGAAGCUAAAGUGACAUCGCCUGAAAUCCCAGAAGCUGAUUCACUGCUUCACGCUGACUGCAACGAGCAGGAAGUGACCUGUGAAAUUAGCAGCUACUUGCCCCGAGGAUCUGAAGAGGGUUCAGAACCAGCCUAUUUCAUUGGUUCUGUGCAGCUUGAAGGGGGUGGGAUCAGCCUAACUUUGGUCCUACAGACCCUACCUGUUACUGAUAAGGGGGAGGAGUCUGUAGCCCCGCCUCUACUGCAAAGCAAGCUGAAACUUCCUCUCAGCCAAUCAGGAACCCUUCUAACAGAGGUGGUGUUCGUGGUGUUCUCUCGCUUGCAGUCCCUGGCAGUUCCUCUAGGGGGCGAUGCCCUCUUGGACUGUGGCUUCAAACAGCAGGACCCGUUCCCAUUGCGUGAGGUGGGGCUCGAGUGGCGCUUGCAACACCGAGGGAGCGGGCGGAGAAUUCUGGAGAUGAGGGCUGUGGAGACGGAAGAGGCGCCAACAGUCCACGUGGAGAGGGAGGGGUCGAGCGUGGACCCGGGCCUUGCGCUGGAGGAGGGGAACAUGUCCCUGUCUUUGCAGAAGCUGAAGGUGGUUGACGAGGGCACGUACAUCUGCACUGUGAGCGCUGGGCUGUUCCAGGCACAGCAGAUUGUACAGCUUCACAUCACUCAGCCCCCCCGUGUGUCUCUCUCCGUGGACACAGUGAUAUUUCGGGAUGGGUUGCCCCAGAAAGUGAGCUGUCACUGUGAGCGGUACUACCCACUGGAUGUAGAGGUGGAGUGGCAGUAUCUCCUCCCGACUGCCACGGAGCCUGUCUCUCUCUCCCAAAACGUCUCGCUCUCCAGCCACCGGCAGUACGGCGACGGGACCCUCUCCCUGUCCUCCCACCUUACCCUUCACCCCUUCGCGUUGCCCCCUGGGACGACGGUCACUUGCCUCGUCUCGCAUAGCUCCUUGGAAACGCCAGUCUCUCUCAGCUUGACGGUGUCAGAGCCUGAGCCAGCAGAGACAUCCUACUUGAUGAUGGUGGGUCUGUUGGCGGCAACGCUGUUGUUUCUCUACUUCGUGCUGAGAUAG